CAUUUGUGUGUGGUUGGAGGGUCUUUGGUCGUGUGAGGAAGCCCGUCAACCAAGCUUGCUUCACCGCCCUUGGCACAAAAAAAAGUUGAACCCCAUAUCGCUGUGCAAAGGUAUCGACGAGGCUGUUUCUCGAGUAUAUUUCCGCAACACAAGACACCAUGUCGGAACCUACCAAGAAACGCAAGAGAAAUGCAGAUGGCUCAAAGAAGUCGAGCAAAAAAGUCGCUGUGGAAACUCCUGGGGCAUCUGAAGUCACAGUAACCGUCGUCCAAAAUACCGACGAUUGGGCGCCUAUCGUAGCUGCUACUCCUGGCCUCGCUUUCGACAAGUCGUUGUCACUCAAACCAUACACCAAGCGCCGCGGCAAUGCCCCUCAACGGCCAGGCCAGAGCGGAUCGAUAGCCACCGACGAACUCUUAAUUGAGUCCUCAGAACACCCAGCAAUCGAUUAUGUUGGUAGGGAGGAAGAGGCGGGCGGCACAGACAGUUUAUUAAAGCACUACAUUGGUGUCUAUGACCCAGCGACGGGUGGCCUCCAAGUUAUUGAGUCGAGGAAAAUGACCGUAAGAGGGAUUGUAAGAGCACAGAAUGCUGCACCAGAAGCAUUUGCGGAGAAGGGAGACUACAAGAAUAUGAGAGAAUUGCGAAACGACCUCGGCCAAACAUUCGGAACGAAGAAGUCGAAGAAGGCUAUUGCAUCUCUUACGGAGAACGCCAUCUCCAAACCCAGAACUGCUGCUGAGCAUACCGAGCCAGUCAAGCACGAUGCCGUCACAGCAGCUAUGCUCCGCAACAUGGCUGAAGUCACAUCAGGAAUGGCCACGACAGAAGAACUCCAAACGGUCGUAGACGAGUCGAAACCCCGCCCACGUGCGAACCUCGACGCCGAGAGCCCCAAGGACGUCUACACCAUCGACUACCUCGUCGGCACCGAGACCAUGAAAGUGAUCCCCGUCAAGGAAUGGCAAGACGCCGUCAAAGCUAAGGAGCAAAUCAUCACCAGCUCCAAAUUCGUGUCCGACCGCAUCCAGCUCGCCUCCUCAAGCGUCCAAAAACUCAAAGUCCUCCGCUACCUCCUCGCCAUCCUCGAGUUCUACGGCGCCACCACCCCCCGCCGCGGCGUGCGCGCGCUCCCCAAAAAGGAUGAGCUGCGCAAGGCCAUGCCCGGCAUCCCGGAGGCGGUGGCGGGGAACAUCCAGCGCAAGUUCUCGGAUCACGGCAUGAUGUCGAAGUUCCAGAUGGAUCUGCUGAUCACGAAUGUGUGCGCCCUGGCGCUGAUCGUGGAUAACUUCGAGGUCGAUGUGUAUGACCUGCGCGAGGACCUGAAGCUGGAGGGGAAGCAGAUGCAGACGUACUUUUCGGAGAUUGGGGCGAGGAUCAUGGCGGCGAAUGAGGGGGAGAAGAAGAGGUUGGGGUUGGACAAGGCGGCUGCUAUGCAGCACAAGUUUGCGAGGUUGCGGCUGCCGUUGGAGUUCCCGAAGGCGAAGUUUGCGAGGAAGUAGGGGAUGUUGUGUUUGGCGUAUGGUACUGAAAUUGAGAGUGGUAUUAUCAUUAGGUGUAGCUUUACAUACAAUUCGUACUGUUGAUGUUCCAUCUCAUGAGGCAGUUAGCGCUUCGUCCUGGUAUCACAAUUUCAUGCUCUAACUGCUCGUUAAACUUCUGGCGGCAAGAAAGCCAGAAGCUUAUUGACUUCACCAUAAUCUCACGUCAUCAAAAAGGAAGCAAGUACGAUUGAUUAAGC